AUAAACCCAUGAGGCGCAACCUCCCGCCCCCCUCGUCCCCUACACAUUGGACUGCCUCUGUUUACAUGUUCUAAAUUCUAAGUUAUCUUUCAAAGAAAUUAGUCUAGCUAGGCAAUGACUCUAUUGUCUUUUAAGUGUCUACUUCGUGGAAAUUAUUCUCGGUAGAUUGAAAUGGACACCAUUCAUUUAGCUAGAGUUAUUUUGUGGAUUUGUCAAUGUUUUUCAGUAACGCAGAUUAGAGUAUCAGGCUCAUGUCAAAGCGGAUGGUUUGGUCCCAGCUGUCAAUUUCAGUGUCACUGUUCCGGUAAUGACCGAUGUACUGCUGACGGUCAGUGUUCAGGAAAAUGUGCUAAAGGCUGGUUUGGAUUAAAAUGCCAGUUCGCGGAUCUAGCUACAGUUAGUGAUUGUUUUGUAAUCACCAUGCCAAGCUCGAAAUCAAUCUCAUGGUUGAUUGAUGGAGAUGAUACAACCUGUAACACUGAUCCUUGCGUUCAAGCGAUCAAACUAGCAUGGAGCCAGGUCUAUUGGAUACGCUCCAUUCGAUUAACUGUGAACGACACAGAUCAGCUGAUGAACUUUAAGAUCCACUGCAGUAAUCCAACAACUAUUGCCAGACUAGACAAUAGAACCAUCGAGUACAUGUGUGACAUGUCAUCUAAUGAAUCCUUGCUGGUCACAGGUCCUGGCUUGUUGUCAUUGUGCUCUUUAUAUGUUAAUGGAGGUCGUAAUGUAGCCCUGAAACAAAAAGCCCAUCAAACAAACACUUAUCACAUUCACCUGGCCCCUUUAGCAGUCGAUGGAGAUCGAAUCAGCAAUCUAACUACCUGUACACACACAAGCGUGAAUAAUCCUGCACCACCCACCUGGACCCUUGAAAUGGACUCUCCCAAGACAGUAUACCAAAUUGUCUUAUAUAACAGAGAAGAUUGUUGCCAAGAACGCCUACGCAAUUUUCACUUAAAAGCCAUGAACAUAACAGAUGCUUUAAUAUUUCAAUACAACGACACAAGUGUCGGUAAAAAACUGAGAUACGAUGUACAAUUCGCCCUGAGAGAGCCGAUCAGUAAACUGACCAUUACUGCAACACCGACAGCAGAGAGCCAAUAUAAAUACGCUAUUUUAACAUUGUGUGAAGUGGAACUAUUUGGAGAAUGUGCCAUGGGAACAUGGGGACUCUUGUGUGACAAAACUUGCCCUGAACUAUGUAGAAAUGUUUCGUGUCACCAAGAGGCGGGAGAAUGUUUUGACAGCUUUGGACACUGUGAUCUACACAAGUUCAACGGAGGAAAAGUUCUAUUGACCUUUGACACUGGUCUUGGUAUAGGUGUGGCCAUUGGUGUUUUGUUAAUAAUUAUAUUGGAAAUUGUAGCAGCAGUUUUUCUUUACAAGCGAUGGCAACAGAACAGACGCUUAUGUCUCAGCGAUAAGCCCUACGACUCAAUACACAAGUCUGACUCCUCGGAUAUUUCGCAUUAUAAAACACUACAGUUUCAAGCUCUACAGUUUAAGAAAUUACUUCAAAAUGACAUUAUGACGGAGCAAAGGUCGGAUGAAACUAGAUCCUCUGCUGCAGAAAGGGAAUCGCAAACAUCGUAUGAGCCAAUGAGUUCACUAGCUACACAAUCACCAACUCAGUUAUCUAAACAUAUUAGUGUUUGUAAGAACGACUACAGGACGUCGUCUCUAUAUGCCAACAUGUAAAACAAACGAUCACUUGUGUUCUAAAAAUAGAUGCUAGUAUUAGAAACAAAUUUUGGGCAGACUGCGAACCUUUUAAUAAAAAGGGCGUUUUAUAACGCAGUAACACACAGUUUAUGCUAUUAGGCAACCAAAAUAAUAAUUUUGGACAUUUCUUUGACAGAAAAAGCAAAGCCACUAAAUUUAGCUAGAAAAGAAAUAGAUUAGUUUAGCAUUUAAACAUAAUACAAAAAAACAACUUUUUAACCAAUACGUCCAGGUAAGCGGGUUUAUUUGCUCUUCUGCAAGGAAAUCUUCCGAUGCAUUUUGAUAAUGUUGAUUCCAAGUCAAAAUUAUUUUUUAUUUAAUUAUCUAAAACCAGUUUGUAAACGUUACCAUAUUCAAUUAGCUUCACAGAAUUAUUUUUUUUUAUUUCCGUUAGGUUCAUACAUACACAUACAGCAAUAUAUAGACACACACAGUCGCACACAAGAUAAUGUAACUACAUAUCUGUGCAGUGCCGGUGGUAACAAUUGCGUAAGAGAUUACGCGGGGCACUGUCUGGGUAGGGAUACGCAUAUUGUCACAAUUAAGAUUUUGUAUGAGAAAAUACAUUCGCCUUUGCAAUAAAUUUUUAAUUAAGUGAAA